AUAUAUCAUGUCAGGUAAGCAAAUUAAAACAGCAAUUAUAAAAAAUUAUAUAUGGGGAGUCCGACUGGGUUUUAAUUUGUGACUUUAAUCCCCAAAACUACGCCUACAAAUAGGCCAUAAUCUUUGCUAGCUACGCUUGAAGAAAUACAGGGAGAUCUGAAUCUCUCUCUGCCACUGCCUCAUCUCUCACACCUUCGCCGGAGUCUUUCCUUUCUCCACUGUCGUUUCAACCCUUUCGUUGUCGUUUCAUCAUCAUGUUGUGUUAAUCUUUGUUCUCUUCUGCCAGCCGGUACUACUGAUGAUGAUGCCUUCAUCAUCACCGUUAAUCAUGAUGGGAGACUACAUUGGGAUGGAGAGUUGCGUGGACGUUUUGAAAGAAGGAGAUGAGGAAUACCAUGAUUUCCUUGGGUGUAAUAAUAAUAAGGAAGCUGAUGAUGAUGAUGAUGAUGAGCAGCAGCAAAGAAUAAUGGUUUUGAAGAAGAAAAAACUAGUAUUCCCACCUCCAAUUCCACUCCUGGCUCGGACCCAGAAUCUUCCCUGUCGUAUGCCAUGGGUCUUGACACGUCACUACACCUCCGACGGUCGAUUGAUCCUAACAGAGGAGAAGCUCCCUCGUCACGAGUACUUUCGAGCCCACAGAUCCAAUGGCCGUCUAACCUUGCAGUUAGUUCCUCUCGACGAAGACGAUGACGACGUCGUAUUGGCCUCAAAUGAAAAUGAUCAUCAUCAUAUCCAACAAGAGUCCAAUGUGUGGUGAUCAACAAUGAAGACAAAGAAGAAGAAGAAAAAGAGAAUGGCCGGAUUAAUAUUGGGAUUAACGGGAUUGAUAUUGGGAUUAACGAGAUUGAUAUUGGCAUUGUGGUGGAAGGAUUAAAUCAUGAGAAUAGUGCUACUGUAAUUGAUAAUAAUAAUGAUGAUAAGGCUGCCUGUUUGAAUUACAAUAGUAGUAGUAGUAGUAGUAGCAGUCGUAGCGUAAAAGGGUCAUCAUUAUGUUCUUGUAUCCUAGCAAUGACAGUGCCUGCAAUUAAAACCCUUCAUAGUUAGACAAUACUAUGAUUGAAGAUUAUUAGGAGUCUCUUUCAUAUGAGUUGAGAGUUUUGAUAUUA